GGUCAACUUCAAAACGAGCUCGUUUCACUUCAAAGCAAAUAAACAGAAUCAAAUUUUCUGGAGCAUGGGCAAAUGGCGCCGUCGGUGUCGCAUAUCGGACGACUCUGUGCUGCAGAUCAAUGUGGUAUUGCUCCUGGCCGGGCUAAUCUUCCUGAUGGAUGUGUUUAACCACAUGUAUGUGAAGCACACACUGCUCAGCGACGCCACCACCUUCCCGGGCGCUCUGAUGGCCUGGAUGUUCCUAAUGCGAUUUCUCACUAUGGGGGGGUACAUCCUGAACGCCAUCCUGGGCAUCCGCAUGGCCCGGCGGCCGAGCUUGUUGAAGUUUGCCGGCUACAUGUUAAUCAGCCUAUUUCUGCUGCUGUACACACUCAGCAUAGCGGCGUCGCGAUUUAUGUAUCGAUCACGAUUCGAGCUCUCCGCCAAGAUGAUGGUUCUGCUGCUCUGGAGGAAUAAAAAGAUUGGGAAGCUGGAGGAGGAGCUCGGCUGCUGCGGCCAAUCGGGCCUGAUCGAUUACCAGAUAUCAGCCGAGACACGCAACUGGGCCAGUGGCGCCUGCUGUGGGGCAGAUGUCUGCAGCGGCUGCUCCGCUAAGCUGCUCGAAUACCUCUGGGGCAUCGAGGUGGAGGUGGCCCGGGAUAACUUCAUUCUAUUGAUUUUGCUUUUGAUUGGGGCCGCAGUCAUGAUGUGGCACUACAAAGAUGUGCAGUUCCACGGCCUUUUCGAGUGCGUGAACGAGUCAGAAGAGGAGCAGGAGGAGUCACCCUGGACGAGAAAGAGAGAGUCAUCCAAGAGAAGCGAGGAGUCAUUUAAGAGGACUGAGACCGAGGCGAGCACUCUCCAAUGAUUCUUGCUCGGGGAGCAUUCCACAAACAAAACCAUCCAGCCAUAAUGGCGAUUAAGGGCAAAAUUAACGACCUCUGCCAAGGCUCUGGUCAAUUGAACUUUAAUUUAACAUUACUGCCACACCUCCAACCAGCCCCUCUUUGU